AUGGCACUGCGCCUCACGUUAUUCUCAACUUAUGCGCAGCGUACCGGUGGCGGCGCCUCGUCUCGCUAUGGCGGCUCCGGAAACUACUCGGCCAACUGCACGGCGGCGCGGAGUUCCACCUACGGCUCUCCAUCGUACGGCGGCAGCAGUCGCUACAGCGGCGCUCUCGCACCGAGCCUGAGCGUCUACAGUCCGAGCUACAAGGCGUCGAGCUCUGGUUACGGCUCCGAUUACGGCCGCAAAAGCAGCCGGCCAAGCUCGGGCUACGGCUCGGGAUACGGGUCUGGUUAUGGGUCAGACUACGGAAAAAGUGCCAGCGCUGGGUAUACAUCCGACUAUGGGCGGUCGGGUGGCUAUGGGUCGGACUACGGCAGUCGCAACAGUGGCUACGCAUCGGACUACAGCAGGCAAGCUUUUUGA